GAUCAUUUCGGACGCGCGCUGUUGGCUAGUAUCAUGUCAAGAAGCCUCAAGAACGAAAACAAAGCCCAAAUUUUUGAUCUCUUUUGAGCCUGUACAAUAUACUCUAGGCUCCUUUGAUUUCUGAUAAUUUUAUUGUCACAUCUCCGCACGUGCACCUACGUUGACUGGACUCAGCGAGCUGUCGAACUUUGGCAAUUAAAUUUCUUUUGCGUAUGCCUGUGUUCACUCCUCUCCGGUGAAAAACGAUAGUCUCUUCAACGCUACAAACCUCUUCCGGAUUCUCUCCCAAAGCCGAUGAUUUAUUCGAUUCGGAAAAGCCAUGCCCGCCGUAACCGUGACCAUAACGCCCGGCCUCCCCUCAUUCUUGAAAUCUCUUAAAGGCAGAGAUGUUGAGUCAUCCAUAGAGCAGCUCAUAUCCCUUCUCAAGAGACGACAAAUAUGCAACUCGAGAUCUUGCGCAAUUGCUACAGCCGAGCUCCUGCGAAGAGUGGUCGCCGACUAUCGAGGACGAGAUGCUGCGGGUUUGAUUGAGCGUAUACGAGCAGUGGGAAACAGGCUUGUAAACGCGCAGCCAAGAGAGAUGGUAGUCGGAAAUAUCAUCAGAAGAGUUUUGGGUUUAAUAAGAGAAAUAAUAGACCAGAAGGAAGGACAAGAUGACAUUGCGAGUGACGCAGACAGCCCAGAAAGGCAGGAAGCAUCCAAAAGGUCUAAGCUGCUACCGUCCAACAUGUCGACGCUUAGUCCUCUAAAACAUAGUGUCAUACAUCCUGUGGAGUCGACAGGGGACGAUGAAGGCACAGCGACACCAGCGUCAGAUGCAUCUUCUGCGCGAAGGCCCCCACUGCUGACCUCACAUACAUCGUUCGCACCUAGUGGUGCACCGACAGUGACCUCACUCUUCGGCUUGUUCUCUCAACCGGGUUCCUCGAUUGCUUCAACCCCCCCAAACUUUGCAAACUCACCCACUACAAGACCGAUCAUGUUUGCAGACAAGAUAUUCCGCUAUGACACCGCCAAUGGCUCACAAGAUCACAAUAUCAAGGCCGAUGUGAUAGAAGGCAUCCGGGAGAUUCUUGAUGAGCUCGAUAUUGUUGAUGAGCAAAUCUCGCAAUAUGCACUCGAGAACAUUCACUCUGAUGAGAUCAUUCUCACACACACUUCGAGUCUCACCAUUCAAAGGUUCCUGCUUACCGCGGCGAGGAAGCGAAAGUUCACUGUUAUUCAUGUCGAAAGCUAUCCGAAUGAUUCCCAAACAACUCACGACGUUAUCUUGCAUGGCUCUAAAAAGGACGUGGCUGCAGUUGACGAAUCUGAAGAAGAGGAUCGUUUCAAGCCGUUGACAGCGGCCGGUAUCAAAGUGAUCAUGAUUCCAGACUCUGCCGUAUUCGCAAUCAUGUCACGUGUUAAUAAAGUAAUCCUCGCCACGCAUAGCGUUCUCGCGAAUGGUGGCCUGGUAGCUGCAGCUGGUGCAAAGAUGAUUGCCCAGGUCGCGCAAGCACAUCAGACGCCGGUGGUUGUCUUGACUGGAAUUUACAAACUCAGCCCUAUUUAUCCAUUCGACGUCGACGAACUGAUUGAAUGGGGCGAUGCUGGGCAAGUGGCCAGUUACGAAAGUAAAGAGUUUGUGGAGAGCGUAGACGUGAUAAAUCCCGUUUUUGAUUACGUGCCACCAGAGCUCGUAGAUCUGUACAUCUCGAACUUGGGUAGCCACGCACCGUCAUACUUGUAUCACGUAGUAGCGGAGCAUUAUGAUUUUAGAGAUAUCAAUCUGUAAGGAAAAAGGCUGUGAAGGCAACAAAGAACGACUUAGAGUCACUUCAAGGCUAGAAGAAAACACGAUAACUGAGGAUAUCUACCAUGACCUGGACGUUUGGUGAACAGGCCUGGUAGUUAGGCUCCGGGUGACAUUUCGGAUCCGAGUCAUUCGCUGUUCGUAGAAAUUAGUCUCCAGGCCAGAGAAUCAAGAGCCUUAACUUAAUUUCAUCCAAGUCAUGUCUUUCUGCCCGAAAA